CCGGGACAAGAUGGCGCCGUCCACGCCGCUCCUUACAGUCCAAGGGUCAGAAGGACUAUACAUGGUGAAUGGACCACCACAUUUUACGGAAAGCACAGUGUUUCCAAGAGAAUCUGGGAAAAAUUGCAAAACCUGUACCUUUAGUAAUGAUGGGACCUUGUUUGCCUGGGGCAACGGAGAAAAAAUAAAUGUUAUCAAUGUCACUAACAAGGGACAACUGCACUCCUUCGACCUUCCAAAGGCAGUUUGCCUUGAGUUCUCGCCAAAAAACACUGUCCUGGCAACAUGGCAGCCUUACACUAAUACAUUUGCAAAUAAAUUGCAUUUGAAAAAAAUUAAUGAUUUUGUGUUAUCACCUGGACCCCAGCCGUACAAGGUGGCUGUCUAUGUUCCAGGAAGUAAGGGUGCACCUUCAUUUGUUAGAUUAUAUCAGUACCCCAACUUUGAUGGACCUCAUGCAGCUUUAGCCAAUAAAAGUUUCUUUAAGGCUGAUAAGGUUACAAUGCAAUGGAAUAAAAAAGCUACUGCUGUGUUGGUAAUAGCUAGUACUGAUGUUGACAAGACAGGAGCUUCCUACUAUGGGGAACAGACGCUGCAUUACAUUGCCACAAAUGGAGAAAGUGCUGUGGUGCAAUUACCAAAAAAUGGCCCCAUUUAUGAUGUAGUUUGGAAUUCUAGUUCUACUGAGUUUUGUGCUGUUUAUGGUUUCAUGCCUGCCAAAGCAACAAUUUUCAACUUGAAGUGUGAUCCUGUGUUUGACUUUGGAACUGGCCCUCGUAAUGCAGCCUACUACAGCCCUCAUGGACAUAUAUUAGUACUAGCUGGAUUUGGAAAUCUGAGGGGGCAGAUGGAAGUGUGGGAUGUUAAAAACUACAAACUUAUUUCUAAACCGGUGGCCUCUGAUUCUACAUAUUUUGCUUGGUGCCCAGAUGGUGAGCAUAUUUUAACAGCCACGUGUGCUCCCAGGUUACGUGUUAAUAAUGGGUACAAGAUUUGGCAUUAUACCGGCUCUGUCUUGCACAAGUAUGAUGUACCAUCAAAUGCAGAAUUAUGGCAGGUUUCUUGGCAGCCAUUCUUAGAUGGAAUAUUUCCAGAAAAAGCGAUAACUUACCAAGCAGUUCCAAGUAAUAUACCUAGUGAAGAACCUAAAGUUGCAACAGCUUAUAGACCCCCAGCUUUAAGAAAUAAACCAGUCACCAAUUCCAAACUGCAUGAGGAAGAACCACCUCAGAAUAUGAAACCACAACCAGGAAAUGAGAAGCCGUUAUCAAAAACAGCUCUUAAAAAUCAAAGGAAGCAUGAGGCUAAGAAAGCUGCAAAGCAGGAAGCAAGAAGUGAUAAGAGUCCAGAUAUGGCACCUACCCCUGCCCCACAGUGCACACCACGAAAUGCUAUCUCUCAGUCAACUUCUGGAGACCCUGAGAUAGACAAAAAAAUCAAGAACCUAAAGAAGAAACUGAAAGCAAUUGAACAACUGAAAGAACAAGCAGCAACUGGAAAACAGCUAGAAAAAAAUCAGUUGGAGAAAAUUCAGAAAGAGAAAGCCCUUCUCCAGGAGCUGGAAGAUUUGGAACUGGGUAUUUAAAGAUUCAAAGAAAGCAAGUUGGUUACCAGAAAUCAAUGCAAACAUAUUUUCUGUUAAACCCAUUGGUGUACAUGGAAUAUUCAUGUGCCCACAUUUAAUGUUCACUUAUAAUUUUAACCAUUUAUCCAAGAUUCUGCAUAUGUGUGGAAUUAUUUAAUAAUGUCUGUUAAAUUGAUUUUUACCUCCUGCAUCCUAUGUCUUGUCA